UAAGCACUCCACUAUCAAACAUGUCUUUCAAAUUAAAUUGUGUCCUUUUUAUGUCUUUUUCGAUGAUAGCAAUUGCUUUUACCGUCUGCCUUGCAACAAAUGAUGAUCAAAAGUUACCAAUUUCAUUAAACCAUGUAACAAAUUCUCUAGAUUCGUUCCCCAAACUGCAACCUGGUGAUUGGAAGAACUUGGAUCCAAACGAUCCUAAAGUAGUGGACCUUGCAAAAUUUGCUGUAAAGGAGGCAAAUAAGAGAGAUGUAGGCUACAAAGUAUAUAAGUAUGUGAAAGUGAUGAAAGCAGCCUAUACUCAAUUUAGUUAUUUUGGUAACACUUAUGAUCUUCUUGUUAAGGCCACAGAAAUAAAAUCUGGUGUCACAGAUGAUUAUAUCGCAUUUGUUAAUAUAGGUGUUAUAGGAGAAGAUAAAGGUAAAAGAUUUCUAUUGAGCUUCAGUCCAACUUUUGCUUAAAAUUAUCCCAAAGUGUAUGAGUAUUUAGACAUCAAUAAUCUUCAAUAAACAUUUUAUUUUCAUGUUA